UAUCCGCAUUUAAUGAGAUGUUGCUAAUGUGACGUAUAAUCUAGUGGACGGAACGCUUCUUCACCAACAUGGCUAUUGAUUCAAUCACCUCGGUAGCCUACAUAAAACAGAUACAUUAAAGCGCUUUAGACGUUUCAGUUAGUUUAAAACACAUUUAUGUCGUAUCUAGUUACCCUUAAUUUCUAUAUUUAUGUUUUUGUUAGCCAUCUAGAUGGGUGGUUAAAUUACCAGUAGCCUAGAAGCUAAUUAAUGAUAGCUAGCUAACGUUACCUCGCUAACAUCCUCGACCAUGAGCUCACCAAGCUACACCCCACCUGCUAAAGAAGAGGGGGUCUGCUGGACGGAGAAAGAAGCCCCCGUGAAAGAGGAGGAGGAAGAGGAGGCUGUCACGGUUAAACAAGAAGUAGAGGGUGAGGCUUUUACAGUUAAACAAGAAGUAGAGGGUGAGGCUUUUACAGUUAAACAAGAAGUAGGGGGUGAGGCUUUUACAGUUAAACAAGAAGUAGAGGGUGAAGCUGUUGGAGUGAAAGAAGAGGAGGUGGAUGUUACUGUGGAGGAAGAGAAACAAGACGGUGCCGCUUUGGGAGUGAAAGAGGAGGAAUUGACUGUCACAGUGAAAGAAGAAGAUAUUUUCAGAGUGAAAGAGGAGGAUGCCGUCUUUGGAGUGAAGGAGGAGGGGGAGAUUACUGUCACAUGGGAGGAGGAGGAAGAGAUUGGAGAUAUAAUUAACACCACAGGAGAGAGACCAGACACUCACUCUGACAGCAGGAAGAGUCCUUCAGGGGAACCAGACACAGAGACGCCCAAACCAGCGAGACCACACCACUGCUCCCAGUGUGGAAAGAGUUUUACUAAGUUACGGAAUCUAAAAGAGCACGAGAGGACACACACAGGAGAAAAGCCUUUCCAAUGCUCCCAGUGUGGAAAGAGUUUUACCGUGUUAACUAACCUGAAAAGGCAUGAGAGAAUACACACUGGAGAAAAGCCUUACCAAUGUUCCCAAUGUGAAAAGAGUUUUACCGUGUUAGUUAACCUGAAAAGACAUGAGAGAAUACACACAGGAGAAAAGCCUUACCAAUGUUCUCUGUGUGGCAAGAGUUUUACCCAGUUAAGGUCCCUGAAAAGGCAUGAGAGAGUACACUCUGGAGAGAAGCCUUAUCAAUGUUCCCAUUGUGGAAGGAGUUUUAGGUCGUCUGCAAACAUGAAGGAGCAUGAGAGGACACACACAGGAGAAAAGCCUUUCCAAUGCUCACAUUGUGGAAAGAGUUUUACCCAUCUAGUGAGCCUGAAAAGACAUGAGAGAAUGCACACAGGGGAAAUGCCCUACCAAUGCUCCCAUUGUGGAAAGAGUUUUUCCCAAUCAGCAAAACUGAAAAGACAUAAGAGAAUGCACACUGGAGAGAAGCCUUUCAAAUGCUCCCAUUGUGGAAAGAGUUUUACCCAAUCAGGGGGCCUGAAAAAGCAUGAGAUAAAGAAGAAGCUAUGUUCUUUAUGUUCUUGACUGAGAAUGUGUUUUUGUGAAUGACAACUUCAGUAAAACCUAAUAAAAAUAUCUUUGUUGUUGUUUUUUUUACAAUUUCAAUACUUUAAUUGAAUACAGAGUACCUCUGUUUUUAAGUAUACGUUCUCUGUGGAUGGAGUGGAGCAUUAAAUAUAGAGUCCUGGACAGAGUCUUGUCCAUCAGUCGCUGUGGAUGGAGGGGAACAUUAAAUAUAGAGUCCUGGACAGAGUCGUGUCCAUCAUUCGCUGUGGAUGGAGUGGAACAUUAAAUAUAGAGUCCUGGACACAGUCUUGUCCAUCAGUCGCUGUGGAUGGAGGGGAACAUUAAAUAUAGAGUCCUGGACAGAGUCUUGUCCAUCAGUUGCUGUGGAUGGAGGGGAACAUUAAAUAUAGAGUCCUGGACAGAGUCUUGUCCAUCAGUCGCUGUGGAUGAAGUGGAACAUUAAAUAUAGAGUCCUGGACAGAGUCUUGUCCAUCAGUCGCUGUGGAUGGAGGGGAACAUUAAGUAUAGAGUCCUGGACAGAGUCGUGUCCAUCAUUCGCUGUGGAUGGAGUGGAACAUUAAAUAUAGAGUCCUGGACAGAGUCUUGUCCAUCAGUCGCUGUGGAUGGAGGGGAACAUUAAAUAUAGAGUCCUGGACAGAGUCUUGUCCAUCAGUCGCUGUGGAUGGAGUGGAGCCGAGACACAGCUCCUUGAUAUGUUGCCUGAUCUCCUCUUCAGCUGUGAAAUAAUCGUUUUAUAAUGUACAUUAAACUAGACUUGAGGUUUCACAGUU